ACAGCGAAAGACUCGGUUGGCAUAAAGAUGGUGUGGUUAGAGAAGGGCGGGCCUCUACGCGAAGACGCGGCUGUCACGGCCCGCAUGUGACAAGGGCGGCUCCAGCGUGCGGCUCCAGCAGGAGCAGGUCAUCCUGAUUCCUGACACUCUCCGACAGCAACGUCUUGCACGUCUCUAACACUGCAAGCGUCUUCUCUUUCUCGGACAACAGCAGUCUCUGCCAAAUGGAGUCCAAGUCGUGGUUCAAGGACCUCACGCCUUACUUUGUCUAUGUCCUCUUCAUCUCUACCAUCGGUCCUCUGCUGUUCGGUUUCCAUCUUUCGGAACUCAACGCGCCCCAGUCGAUCAUAACAUGUGAGAAGAAGUCCAUCUCGUCGGCCCUCGCUCCAAGCCUGCCACAAUGCAUCCCUAUGGACUCGACUCAGUUCGGCCUCGUCUCGUCCAUCUUCACUCUGGGAGGCCUUCUGGGUGCCCUUGGCGCAGGUCCUGUCUCAGCUCGCUACGGUCGCUACAAGUCCAUGCUCUUCAGCACCGUCCCCUUCAUCAUCGGGCCCGUCUUUGAAGCACUCGCUACCGAUAUACCCAUUCUGACCAUUGGUCGCUUUAUCAGCGGACUUGGUGCCGGGGCCUCGGUCGUUAUCGCACCCAUCUUCAUCUCAGAGAUCGCCCCUCCCAAAGAGAAGGGCUUCUUCGGUGCCUUUACCCAAAUCAUGAUCAACAUGGGCAUCUUCAUCGCACAGCUCCUUGGUCUCUUCCUGAGCAAAGGCUCACUGUGGCGCAUCAUCCUGGCUGUUGGUGGCGCUAUUGGCCUUGCUCAAGCUCUCGGACUUUUCAUCGGUGGACAAGAGAGUCCAAAAUGGCUUGCCGACCAUGGUAGCCAAAGACAAGCAAAACGCGUUCUGCGUAACUUGAGAGGCCAUGAAGCCAACAUAGAUGAAGAAGUCAAGGGCUGGGGCCUGGAGAGCUCGCAAGACAUGGAUAAUGAAGAAGACAGCCUCCUCUCCAACGAAGACCGCGUGCACCCCGGCGGCAUCGAACAAAGCGACCCCACUUCUGACGCUUCUGCAGGCAAGAAGAUCAAAGAAGCUGUCGAAGCUCUCGGUGCUCUUGCUGUCCUCAAGAACACAGACUCCCGUCCUGCUGUCAUUGCCGUCGUCGUCAUCAUGAUUGGCCAACAGCUAUGUGGAAUCAACUCGAUAGUUAUGUAUGGUGUCUCCUUGCUCUCUGACCUGCUCUCAGCGAAUGCCGCCUUGCUCAACGUCCUGGUGGCAAUCCUGAACAUUGUUGUGACCACGUCUUGCGCUCCCCUUACCGACAAGCUUGGCCGCAAAGUCUGCCUCCUUGUGAGCAUCUUCGGAAUGGGCGUCUCAUCUCUGCUACUAGGUAUCGGUAUCAUGAGACAUAUCCCUAUCCUCUCAGCAAUUACUGUCUUGACGUUCGUGGCGUCCUUUGGUCUCGGUUUGGGACCUGUGCCUUUCAUCCUAUCUUCGGAGCUUGUUGGACCUGAUGCCGUUGGGGCAACCCAGAGCUGGGCACUGGCGGCCAACUGGAUCGCUACCUUUGUGGUUGCGCAGUUCUUUCCCAUCGUCAACGAAAAGCUCGGUGGAGGCAAGGUUUACUUCAUCUUCGCCGCCUUUGCUGCCAUACUGGCUGCCUUCGUUUUCUGGGCGGUGCCUGAAACCAAAGGUAAAGCUGAUGCUGACGAAGUUUGGGGUCGCAAGACCAGUAGAUCUGUCGAUUGAGCGACUAGAACGAACAUAAUACUGAAUGAAAUGCUUCUUUCCUGUCUAAACUAUCGAAGAAGUCAUGUAUCAAUCAAAUGAACGUAGAGUAAGGUACGACGGGAAUGAUCGGCGAAACGUCAUCACGUUCUUGCUGC